AUGUCGACGCCUCGUACGCAACGCGGCGACCCCUUGGAUUCGUCCUCCCUCCAACACCCUUCCACCCCCUCGCGCAACGAUGGUGCCGUCUCGUCCAUCCUUUCGAGCGCCCAGCCACCGACGUAUGCCUCGUUCUCUCCCGCGACACUAAGCUCGACCGCGCCGAGCGUCACGUCGGCGGCCAAGAGGAGCACCAUCCUCGUCCACCAGAAGUCGCCGCUGUUGCUCGCCACACCGCCUCAGAUAACACGCGCACUAGCAUACAGCCAUCCGUUCCUAUUGCCGCUGAACAGGUGUGUCGGGCUGUUAACAUGGACGACGGGCGACCCGUGGGAGAGCUUCUUGUUGCUCACGGCCUUCUGGGCCGCGGUGCUGUACGGCGACAUCGUGGUGCGUCUGGCAGGGCCGCUGGUCUUGGUGUUGAUCCUGAUCGGGGGCAUGUACGGCCGCCGCUUCAGUCCGCUGAGCAGCAGCGGAUGGAGUGAGCCGGGGCUCGGCGCCGGAGACGGCACCAGUUCUUCGGCCGAAUCAAAAGGUGCCAAGGCUGUCCGGAAGACGAAGAAUCUGUCGGUCGAUGGGUUGCCCGAGAAGAACAGCAAGGCCGGGAACGGUACAGCGGCGGCGGGAGGCGGUACGAGUGGCCAUACAAGAAACCAGGGGUCAAUAUCUGAGGCCACAAACACACGGCAUCAGAAGACGUUGGAUGAGAUCGUCGAGACACUGAGGGAGUUCACAGCGAGGUGCAAUAUACUGCUGGAACCGCUUCUCGAGCUGACCGACUUUCUCAGCACCCAACGUACCCCGACGUCGGCAACCACCCGGCCGGCACUCACGACGCUCUUCGUCCGCAUCCUCCUAUGCAUACCCUUCUGGAUCCUACUCACACUCCCACCCCUCCGCAUCAUCACCACCCGCCGCGUCAUCCUUAUCUUGGGCACCAUCCUCCUAACAUGGCAUGCCCGCGUCAUUCGAGUGACCCGCGCCAUCCUCUGGCGCAGCCGCUCUAUCCGGCGGGCCCUAGCGCUCGUCACAGGCCUACAAUUCGAAGGUCUCACCAAACCCCAAUCCUCCGCACUGACCGCAGGAACGGGGUCGGCAGCAAGCAAUGCCACCGCCUCCUCGUUGGAGACCAAGCCGCCCUCCUCUCCGCCAGAAUCUGAGCUAACAAAAGCCCUUCGCCGUUCCCGUGGCGACCGCGGAACGGGCGUGCGCUUCACCUUUAUCAUCUACGAGAACCAGCGGCGCUGGAUCGGCCUGGGGUGGACGACCAGCCUGUUCGGCUACGAACGGCCUGCUUGGACCGACGAGCACAACAAUGCCGUGCCGCCGCGCAACCAGUUCGAGUUGCCCGAGGUGGAGGACGGGAGUAACAUGCGCUGGCGGUGGGUCGAGGGGUCGAGGUGGAAGGUGGACGGCGUACCGGAUGACGCGGUCAAGACGAGCGAGAACGGUGGGGAGUGGGACUAUGACGGGCCUGGUGGUGCAAUGGGAUGGGUGUACUACGAUAAUAAGUGGCGGGACGGCCGCAGAGGCCAAGACGGAUGGGGCCGCUGGACGCGACGGAGAAAAUGGUACCGCGACGCCGAACUCGUCGAGGCAGACGACGUCCUCGAAGAAGAAACCCUCCCUAACGGCACUGCCAACCACUCCAACCAAUUUAAAACCCCGAUUUCAGCCCCAGCAGCCCCGAGACCACCACCGGGACUCACACCUACCCCGGCCGUCCCCACAGUCGAUCUUGCCCCCAGCUCCCCAGACCUCGCCCUCUCCACCCCAUCAUCCUCCCUCCACCACCACCACCACCAAACCCCCCUCGACAACAAAGACCGGGACAGGGACCAGGAACGAGAAGAAGAGUAUGAUACCGCCUCGAUCUUGUCGACAUCGAGCAGAUCGACCCGCUUCAGGCCGCCUGGCAUGAGGCGGCGCGUCACGGAUGCCUCGCAGCGGAGCGCCCGCAGCCGGAGGGAGAGUGUGGCGGCCAGCAGCGAGGAUGAUGCCGCCAUGCUGGGGCCGCAGGCGAGGAUGGCGCUGCAGGAGACGGGCACCGAGGUUGGGAGUUGGGGGGUGGGGGAUGAGGUGCGCAUGGGGCUGGAGUGA